UGUGGUUCCAAGGUCCUCCUUCAACGAGGAGGAAUUUGUGGAUCUGUCAGUGUCAAGAUGGCCAAGCAAGCAGAACCCGAUGUUGAAGCUGGAAUCAAUUAUUGGAGUACGCAAUCCGCCGACUACGACGGUGUUUUAGGUGGUUUUGGAACUGGGAGCCUCCCGAGAAUAGAUGCACUGGGGUCCCGUCAAUUCGCCCUCUACCUCAUGCCCGAACUGUGCACCGUCCCAUCUGCUCUCCGGCCUCUGCGCAGCCAGCCUACUGAUCAACGUACGCGGGCGCUGGAUGUCGGGGCAGGGGUCGGCCGCGUGACCUGCGACGUCCUGCUUCACCUAUUUUCGGAUGUCGUCCUCGUAGAGCCGGUCGAGAGCUUCGUGCUCGAAGCUGUGGCGCGAGGACGCCGCUCCGAACAGGAUGUCCCGGCAGUCGCAGAGGACGCAAAUGCAGACCCUAUAGCACCUUGGAAAGGCAUCAAGGAAAAAACGAGGAGCGUCACCUUUAUCCAAGGCACCCUCCAGUCGCUCGAGCCUUCCCAUCCUGCAGCAUCAGGAAAAGUGCUGGGACGGAUAGGUUACCAACCGACCUCCUCAGAGCUCUCGAAAAAUCUUUCCGACCCGACGGCGGGUGAUAUUGACUCGGGCUUCGACGUGAUCUGGUGCCAGUGGUGUCUGGGACAUCUCACAGACCCGGACUUGGUGUUAUUCCUGAGGCGCUGUCGAGUGGCUCUCCGCGAUCCGACCGCUGCAUAUAUCAUAGUCAAAGAGAACACCUGUUCUGACUCGCCCGAUGGGGGACCGCGGAGCCACCUUGAUGAAGAGGAUUCCAGCCUUACAAGAUCGGACAUGGCCUUCAAGCAAGUGUUCCGGGAGGCUGGUCUCAGUAUAGUACACGAACAGGUGCAGGACGGAUUCCCACCCGGGCUGUACGUAGUGAAAAUGUAUGCUCUUCAUUGACGAAGCGACCGUUCCGUAGCUUGUUUGUGGGAUCGCGGUCUCUAUACCCUCAAGGAAGAAUUCGGGCUGGAUCAGCGCUCACAAUCGCAGCAGCGACCGCAGG